GAUGCGAAAUCACGUCGCUUAUAUAAGUUCGUUCUGUCAAUCGCCAUCUUUCAAUCGUUAACGUCAAGUGACCGGUGGGACGUCAAUUAAACUAGCGACGCGCAAAUCAUCGGAUUAACAAUCCGUGUGGAGGGACACAUCUGAUUGUCUGAAAGAAAAUGUUUGUUAGACUAAAGCUGUUACAAAGUUAUCUAUUCCAUCACGUGCCUUCGAAUUGUAGAUCAAUGCAUCUUUUGAGAGAUAAUGCAUAUGUCAAUGGAAAUUGGAUAAGUGCCGGUAGCAAGCAGACAUUCCCCGUUUGCAAUCCGGUCGACAAUACUGUUAUUGCUUGUGUUCCUGAUAUGAAUAUCGCCGAUACUCAAGUAGCCAUUGACACUGCUGCCAAAGCUUUUGAAUCGUUCAGUAAAACUACAGCCAAAGAGAGAAGCGAUUUGCUUAGAAAUUGGUACAAUCUGAUGGUUAAACAUUCGGAGGAUCUCGCUUGUAUUUUGACCAAGGAGAAUGGAAAGUCCCUCGCCGAGUCUAGGGCGGAGAUUAAGUAUGGAAAUUCCUUCGUGGAGUGGUUUGCGGAGGAAGCUAGAAGAAUAGACGGGGAAAUUUUGCAAGCUCCUCUAUCUAACAGGGAAUUGUUUUUAUUAAGACAACCAGUUGGAGUAGCUGCUUUAAUUACACCAUGGAACUUUCCACACGCUAUGAUUACCAGGAAAGCGAGCGCUGCUCUCGCCGCUGGCUGCACGUGCGUCGUGAAACCGUCCGAAGACACCCCAUUAACGGCACUGGCAUUAGCAGACCUUGCGGAACAGGCAGGUUUCCCUGCAGGAGUCUUGAACGUGCUUACCACGAGCGUAACAAAUUCCGCCGCCGUUGGCAAGGAGCUGUGCGAAAAUACCAAAAUAAGGGUGUUAUCGUUCACCGGUUCCACAGCCGUGGGAAAGAUCUUAUACAAGCAAUGCGCUUCAACCAUGAAACGACUUGGCCUCGAACUGGGUGGUAACGCGCCGUACAUCGUAUUUAAAACUGCGGAUGUCGAUCUAGCUAUAAAUAGUGCCAUGGCAAGUAAAUUCCGCAAUACUGGUCAAACGUGCGUCUCGGCAAACAGAUUCUUCGUGGAGGAAGAUAUCUUCGACGAGUUCGUCGAGAAAUUUGUUGGAAGGAUCAAGCAGGACAUUAAGAUGGGAGAUGGUAGUAAGGAGGGUGUCACUCACGGACCGCUCAUCAAGAAGAGUCAAUUAAAUAUGGUGAACGGUUUGGUGGAGGAUGCAGUCCAGAAGGGAGCUAAGGUACAUUGCGGCGGUAGUCCAUUACCGGAUCUCGGUCCGCUGUUUUAUGCACCUACUUUAUUAACCGGAGUAACUAAAGACAUGCAAAUAUACAAUAAAGAAAUCUUCGGACCCGUAGCUGUGAUCAAUAAGUUUUGCAACGAGGAAGAUGUAUUAAGACAAGCCAAUGAUACGCCGGUCGGUUUAGCCGGAUAUUUUUUCUCACAGGACGUAUCGCAGAUAUUUAGAGUCGCGCGCAAGCUGGAGGUCGGUAUGGUAGGCGUCAAUGAAGGAUUAAUUUCAUGCGCAGAGGCUGCCUUUGGUGGGGUAAAAGAAUCUGGUUUAGGAAGAGAAGGUUCUAAACACGGGGUCGAAGAUUUUCUCGAUAUCAAAUAUGUGUGCAUAGGCAAUCUUAAGCGUUGAUUCUGCAAAUAAAGUUAGUGAUAUGAUAUGCAUUUUGAAUAGCAAUCAUUUAGUUAUUCGAUAAGGGAUGCUAUAAUUCAAUGAUAGACAAUAAUAGGCUAUAUAAUUUAAUUAUAUAAUCUACAUAAUAGCGGAGAAAUGAAAACAAAAAUUUUACAGUAUUCUAAACAUCUGUAGAAGGAUUUUUGUAACUAGAUAUUUAUUCAUAUAUAGUGUUCCUAUUAUUUUUACGUUUAUUGAUAUUCUAAGCAUGUUUAUCUGCCAUAGUUCACUGCGAGUUCAUAUCAUAAACAUUGGAAAUAAUUAAUUUGAUUUACUUUUAUGUAAAAAUUAAUUUAAAUUCAAGCAGCUUUAUUAAUUAAUAUCACAUACACUUAUUAAAAUGUACAAAAUUUAUUGCUUGAUAUAUAGAGUGGGAGUUAUAUAUAUAUAUAUAAUGUCCAUACUCCCAAUUUUUUUUUUCCAUAUAUUACGAAAAAAGACAAGAGUUACUAAAGAGAAAAUAUAACGACGAUAUCAGUUUGAUCUUAUGAUCAAAUACUAAAAUUAUGAUCAAUAUGUUUUUAAGGUCAAAUAAAGGUUGUCAUAAUUUCUUUAUAUAUAAAUGGGACCAUACAUAUUAAUUUGCAUAGACGUCUAGAUCUUUCUUUAACACUAUUCUAUUUCAAUUUAUUAAAGAGUUAAGAAUUUUCAAAAUUCUAUUUAGUAAGUGCUUAAUGCUAUCUAGGAUCAACUUUGUGGAUGAUUUUGAAAAUGCCAUUCAAGAUCAAACUGAUAUCACCAUUAUUUUUAUUAAAUGUUAAGUAUAGUAUUUUAAUAUUAAAUAAGAUUAUAUAAGUGAGAUUAAUAUAUAUUAAGUUUUUUAUAGAUGCUAAUAUUAAUUAUAAAAGAAUAUUGUUUGUAUUUUUCUAAUCUAUUUUUUCUGUUACAAAUUUCAUAUUUUCUAUAUCAUAUAAUGUACUAUAGUACAAAACAAGUCUUCCAAAUUUUGUAAAUAGAGUACAAUAUACAUGUAAGAAAUAUCUAAGACACAUUUUUUUGCAUAGAGACAUACUUUUUCUACAAUGAAAGUUAUAUAAUACGUUUUACUCAUGUCGUUACUAAGCAAAUAAAAAACUUCA